UGUUGCACAAAAGUAGAAUUAAGACAUCCGGGAUAAAUGACUCAGCUGAGCUCAAUGAAGCCAAAACAUGUGCGUCCAGGCUUAAUUGGUUGCACAAAGACCAAGCCAGGAUGAGCAGACACGGAUUCAUUAAGCCAGGUGAAACCAAUCCUUGGAUAGGUGUGCGCUCACGGCUCACUCAAAUAGACCCCGCCACAGAUCACAGAUUAACUGAUUUACCAUGGCAACUAGAGCCGCGUACUUUUCCCCGUCGGAAGCACAAAUCCUCAUGGAGGCAUACGAGGAGGUAAAAGAUAUAAUUAAGAAGAAAGGCAACACCGCCACAGUGAUAAAGCAAAGAGAAAAAGCGUGGCAAAGUAUUGCAGACCGCCUGAAUGCAUUAAACAUGAACGGGCCAAAACGGACAUGGCAGCAGGUCAAAAUCAAAUACAAGAACAUUCUGCAGAAUGCAGUGAAAAAGAAUACCCACAGACAAGGCACGGGUGGUGGGUCACCAAAGGCUGACCUUACCCCAGCAGAGGACAUGGCCUUGGAGCUAAAUAAAGGCAGGCCCGUCUUAGAGGGGAUCCCUGGGGGGAAAGAGACGAGCAUAGGUUCCUCCCAAGAUGCCACCCGCUUCAUUCAAGUGUCUGGCAGCACUGUGUUCCUGUUAGAGCCACCAGCACAAGCACCAGACGAUGCUGAUCCAGGUGAAGGCCCCAGUGCAGCAGCAACAGCACAUGAUGGAGACGAUGAUGAUGAGGAGGAGACCAUCUCUCUGGAUUCCAGAAGGCAUGAGGACCCAGAUGCUAUACAGUGGGAAAACCAGCCUGGCAACAUAAGCUCACAAGCUAUCAGAAAGUUGUAUGGCAACCACCUCCGGCGCCAAAUAGAACUGGCAGACAUAGACAUUCAGUGCAAGAAGAAAAAGAUGGAAAAUCUUGCACUGGAGUCCGAAAUAAAAAAGAGGACAAUUAGGAAACUGGACCUUGAAAUAAAAAAACUUGAGAGGGAGGUGAGAUAUGCCUUCAAUGUACACUGUAUGCUAACUGUAACACAAAUGUAUUAAUCAUUAUUUGUAUUUCCUCCCCCAGCUCCAAGAAGAUGACACAGCUCAAAAUAAAAAUUAGGUAUAUUCUCGUAAAGUCAAGUGAGCCAUGACAUAUGAGCUCUUAUUGUGAGCACACAGGACGGUGGCAUCUUUCUAAGGUUUUUUUUAUUUUCCCAGCAAUCAGUACAACCAAGUCAUCGUUAUAAGGCAUCGCCCUCUUUUGCCCACCCCCCCAGCACCAGGUGUGGCCACUAGCCUAUAUGAAGGCCCAAAAUUGUGUGUUCCUUUCUGCUCUGACAAUGGCAUGCCCAUUCGUGCGAGAUGUGGUGGAUGAAGAAGCACUUGUGCUGAGGAGAGCCUUCAGGCGAGAAAGGGUCUUCAGGGACCGGUUGGACCCACUGGCCUUCCCUGACGACCAUCUAUAUGACGAUACAGGUUUUCUGCAGAUGGCAUCAGGUAUCUAUGCAGACUACUGGGUCCCAGGAUUAAGCACCGCACUGCACGGAGCCAUGCACUGAGUGUGGAGCAAAUGGUUUGUGUGGCCUUGCGCUUUUUUGCUAGUGGAGCCUUCCUGUACUCAGUGGGGGAUGCAGAACAGCUGAACAAGGCCACAAUUUGCCGCACAAUAAGGAGUGUGUGUCUGGCUAUCAAAGCAUUAGCAGAUGUCUUCAUCUCCUUCCCUGGCCACAGAAGACUCUGUGACAUCAAAGAGGAGUUCUAUAGGAUUGCAGGUUUCCCCAAUGUCAUUGGUGCAGUGGACUGUACACACAUAAGGAUAAAAGCCCCCUCAGGUGCCCAUGAGGCCGAUUUUGUGAAUAGGAAAUCCUUUCACAGCAUUAAUGUUCAGAUGGUCUGCAAUGCUGACUGUGUGAUCAGCAAUGUUGUGGCAAAAUGGCCUGGCUCAGUCCAUGACUCCAGAAUCUUUCGGGCCUCUGAAAUCUAUCAGUGCCUAUCACAAGGUGAAUUCUCUGGUGUGUUGCUGGGAGACAGGGG